CAUAUUGAAAAGAAAAUAGCUUUCUCCACUUCAUAAACAUGCAUUGUACUGCUCUGCUAACCUUCACAGCUUUCUUCUCUCUCUCUCUCCCUAUAUACAUUCACCUCUCCCCGCUCUUUUUUAAUCGUGUAGUCUGCUAGAAUCCAGUCUGGAUGAUAUGAGUCGGAACGAACUCGUUUUAUCGUCACUCAUCUCAUCAUUCGUUCUGUUGAUUCCAUAAGAAAAGUGUUUUUAUUGCUAUUAAAAUCAUAAGUUUAAACAGCAUUAUGGUAACUACACGUAUUGGACAUAUUCUCCUAAACAAGAGUUUACAGAUCGAUCGAAAAUUACCAUAUUGUGCGUCCAACGUAAAACAUUAUUGUUGCCAAGUUCAAAAUUAUGAAUUCAUCAAAGUCGAAUAUACUGGCGAAAACAAAAAUGUGGCUUUAGUAACACUAAACAGGCCGAAAGCUUUAAAUGCUCUAUGUGAUAAAUUAAUGAUUGAAUUGAAUGAUGCUAUAUCAAAAUUUGAUAGAAAUGAUUCUAUCGGUGCCAUAGUCGUUACUGGUAGCGAAAAAGCAUUUGCAGCCGGAGCUGAUAUUAAAGAAAUGCAGAAUAAUACUUAUGCACAGAAUGUGAGAGGAAACUUCCUUGCCGACUGGGACGGUGUUUCCCGAGCAUCGAAACCAGUAAUUGCUGCUGUAAAUGGAUAUGCUUUAGGUGGAGGUUGCGAAUUAGCAAUGAUGUGUGACAUCAUCUAUGCUGGGGAUAAAGCGAAAUUUGGUCAACCGGAAAUCGCCCUUGGUACCAUACCUGGUGCGGGUGGCACACAAAGAUUAACGAGGGUAGUUGGUAAGAGCAAAGCGAUGGAAAUGGUACUAACAGGAAAUCAGAUCACUGCUGAGGAGGCGGAAAAAAGCGGUCUUGUUAGUAAAGUCUUCCCAGCAGAUAGACUUAUUGCUGAGGCAAUUAAGUCAGCUGAAAAAAUUGCCUCCCAUUCUCAAUUAAUCGUUGCCAUGGCAAAAGAAUCUGUUAAUACUGCUUAUGAAACUACUUUGAAGGAAGGACUUCACUUUGAAAAAAAGAUGUUCCAUGGCACAUUUGCAACGGAUGAUAGGAAAGAAGGAAUGACAGCGUUUGUUGAAAAAAGACCACCUAAAUUCAACAACCACUGAGACCAUUAAUUCCAUUAUAGGAGAAGAAUAAAAAUGAUGUAACAUUUGUAAAGAAAUUUUAUUUAAUUUUAUUUAAUUAUUUCUUUACGUCUAAUAUCAUAAUCCAUGAUUAUGAUACAUUUACAAUUAACGGCUCAUACCAGGUAAAUAUUUCUUAAUAAUAGCAAUUCUAAUGCUCUCGUAGAAGCAUAGAAAUGCCGUUGACAUCGUAAAAGGUAUCCAAGAAUGGUAGGAACAAUGGAAUUUCACACCGACAUCGUUAUAUAAUAAAUAUCAAACUUUAUAAUAAUGUGUAUCUUGCUUGCUAUUUGGAAAUUUUUUUAAUCCUGUUUUCAGAUAUUCUCGGAGAA